UGAAAAUUUUAUUUUCUUUUAUGUCAUAUCUCAUACAUAAAAUUCGAUAUGCCUUUUCUGCUUAAAAGAUACCUAGUGGAACUCAUUUGAUUGUUGGAUUAGGAAACCCUGGAAAAAUAUAUGAAAAUACGAGACAUAAUGCUGGACAAUUGUUCGUAAAACAUAUUUCUAAAGAAUUUGGUGUAAAGAUGAGUGAUGGAUAAAAUGGAUAAAUUGGAUGCUUCCAACAUGUAAUAUUUUUCAAUCCUCUUUCAUUUAUGAAUUCAAGUGGCCAUCCUAUAAAAAAAGUAGCAGAUAAAGCGAAUAUACCAACUAGCAAUAUUAUUAUAGUUCAUGAUGACUUAGAUAGUUUACCAGGAAGAUGCAAGAUUAAACAAGGAGGAAGUGCAGAAGGACAUAAUGGUUUGAAAUCCAUUAUCUAAUACAUGGAUGAUAAAUUCAUUAGAUUAAAAAUUGGAAUAGGAAGACCUAAUUCAAAAGACCCUGCAAUAGUUAGUGAUUAUGUGAUGAGUAAAUUAGACUAUGAACCAUCAUAAGAAGCAUUCAAAUAAGGAAUCCUGCUUGUUCGACAACUCUUUAAAUUUUGAUGAUCAUCUAUCAUUAUAAGGUCAUG